AUGUCUGCAAUCAGCUCGCGAUCAGUACUCGAGAGUUGCAAACAACAGCCCCCCCCUUAUCUUUCCAAAAUAGGACCAACUGCGAUUAUCUCAGGUUAUGCAACCAUACUCAAUAUCACCACUACUGCACUCACAUUCGAAAAUUCUUACCCCAUCCCCUUCACUCCAUCAAAGUCAGUCUUGGAAGGGUUAGGUGCCAUUCACAAGUACUCAACCUGCAUCGAAUUCUACUCGCUCGAUUUUCAAGACUAUGAUGGGAAACUCGUCGAUUCGGCAAGCCCACAAGAGCUAUGGAGAACAUGA